AUGUCUUUGCCGCAACGGCCGGGAAAGGCCUCCCCGCGACGAGAAGAGGUCCACUCGGCUUUCCGGGAAUCAUCGCACAGACGCCGACGAGACAGUGACACAGGAGGUCUCACUGAUACGCUAUCGAGCCCAACAUCACAUCGCCAUCAUCAUCACCGACGCCAUCGGUCGCACAGCUCUCGGAGAAAGAAAGAUGUAGACGAAGAGAGAGGAGAUACGGGCGAGGAGGUUGGGCGCAAAAAGAGCUUCGUCAAGCCGGAGCGCAGUCGCAUCGACCCAGAUCAUCCCAACUACCACUACCGCCAACGGUCACAAAAUAUGCCCACAUACCCAUCGGCGACAGGGCAUGAGCCAUUAAUGGGUGGAGAAGGUGAGGCUGAUACGAACAGUUCCCGCAGUAUGGAUAGGGCCAAAGAAGGCGUGUAUGGUGAGCAUGGGAAUAUCAACAAGCCCAUGGAUCGGGCUCCGAGUCGGCGUCGGACCAAGAAAAGGAGGCACUCUAGGAAGAUCUCGAAGAAGGCAUCUGCAGAGGAAAGGAGACGACAGAAGGCGCUAGAACAAGUUCGUCCCCCAAGCCUCUGGAGUACGUAUUGCGCGAUCAUCACAUUCUGGGCACCAGAUUUUGUUCUUCGGUGCUUUGGAAUGCCACAAAAGGCGCAACGGAGUGCGUGGCGCGAGAAGAUCGGGCUUAUCAGUAUUAUCCUGCUCAUCGGAGCGUUCGUCGGAUUUUUGACCUUUGGAUUUACGGCCACUGUAUGCGGAACUCCUCCAGUGCGACUGAAGGUCAAUCAUGUCACCAAAGGCUAUAUGAUCUUUCAUGGGAAAGCCUACGACUUAUCUAAAUCGAAGCACCCCGCGGCCGCUGGGAUUCCAGGCAGCUCCAAUGUUCUCUAUGAUCUGCCCGAUAAGUAUGGUGGCCAAGAUGGGAGUUUCUUUUUCCAGCAAGUCAACGGAGCCUGUAAAGGUCUAAUCACACUUGCGGACGGAUCUGACGUGCCUACCAACUCAAACGGCGACUUAGCCUGGUAUUUCCCCUGUACGGCUUUCAACCAGGAUGGCUCAUCCGAGCCCAACUAUACGGAGCCUUACUACAAUGGAUGGGCCUGCCACACAUCAGGGAAGGCCCGGAAAUCGUUUUAUAGUCUAGGGAGCUCCGGAGACGUAUACUACACAUGGGAUGAUACGAAAAACAAAAGCAGAAACCUGGCAGUCUACUCCGGAAACGUGCUGGAUCUUGAUCUCCUGCGGUGGUUCAACACUGAUCAGGUCAAAUACCCCGCCAAAUUUGAUCAGCUCCGCACAAACCCAGAUGUGCGCGGCGUCGACCUUACAUAUUACCUUCAGACUGGGGAAGAGAAGAAGAUAGGCAAAUGCCUGUCCCAGAUCAUCAAGGUCGGCAGUAUAGAUACUGACACAGUUGGGUGUAUUGCCUCUAAAGUCGUUCUUUAUGUGUCACUGGUCUUCAUCUUAUCCAUUGUGGUCGUCAAAUUUGCGUUUGCCUUGCUCUUCCAGUGGUUCCUCGCCCCAAGCUCGCCGCCCAGAAGACGACGCCCUCAAUGGGUAACCAUGGCAAGCCAGAACUCCACCAGCCGGCUGGUUCCCGGCGGUGGCUCCAUGUAUAAGCUGAGCCACAAUAGCAGCGGUGGCUCAGUGAGUGCGGAUGCAUCCCGCCAGAACCCUACGGCCAGUCGAUCAAGCUUGGUGCAAGACUCCCGCUAUUCCACUGCCAUCGCUGACUCCGACGGCCUUGGAGCGGGUGGGUACAUCCAUGAAGCUGUUGUUCCUCAACCGCCGCCCGAGUGGCAGCCCUACGGCUUUCCCUUGGCCCAUGCGCUUUGUUUGGUUACUUGCUAUUCGGAAGGUGAAGACGGGAUCCGUACCACCCUUGAUUCCAUUGCGAUGACCGAUUAUCCUAACAGUCACAAGACCAUUAUUGUUAUUUGUGACGGUAUGAUCAAGGGAAAGGGCGAGGAGUUUUCUACUCCCGAAAUUGUGCUUCGUAUGAUGCGAGAUCCGGUUGUCCCUAUGGAUGAGGUCCAGCCGUUCUCCUACGUAGCAGUGGCAACAGGCUCCAAGCGACACAAUAUGGCCAAAGUCUAUGCUGGCUUCUAUGACUAUGGCGAGACGUCCAUAAUUCCACCGGAGAAACAACAGCGUGUUCCGAUGAUGAUCGUUGUGAAAUGUGGAACCCCGUCCGAAGCGAAACAAUCCAAGCCCGGCAACCGCGGCAAGCGGGACAGUCAAAUCAUUCUGAUGUCCUUCUUGCAGAAAGUGAUGUUUGAUGAACGGAUGACGGAACUUGAAUUUGAAAUGUUCAACGGUCUCUUACAUGUGACUGGCAUACCUCCAGACUUUUAUGAAGUCGUGCUCAUGGUCGACGCCGACACGAAGGUCUUCCCGGAUAGUUUAACCCACAUGAUCUCCGCCAUGGUUAAGGACCCUGAGGUCAUGGGUCUCUGUGGUGAGACUAAGAUCGCUAACAAGACGGACAGUUGGGUGACUAUGAUUCAAGUGUUCGAGUACUUCAUUUCCCAUCAUCAGUCCAAAUCGUUCGAGUCUGUCUUCGGUGGUGUGACCUGUCUUCCCGGGUGUUUCUCCAUGUAUCGGAUCAAAGCACCGAAAGGAGGCCAGAACUACUGGGUGCCGAUCCUUGCCAAUCCCGACGUGGUGGAACAUUAUUCAGAGAAUGUAGUCGACACUCUGCACAAAAAGAAUCUGCUCCUACUAGGAGAGGAUCGGUACUUGUCAACCCUGAUGCUUCGGACUUUCCCCAAGCGGAAACAGAUCUUUGUGCCCCAGGCUGUUUGCAAAACCCAAGUGCCCGACAAGUUCAUGGUCCUCCUCUCUCAACGUCGUCGCUGGAUCAAUAGUACAGUUCACAACCUAAUGGAGCUGGUACUGGUGCGAGACCUAUGCGGAACGUUCUGCUUCAGUAUGCAAUUCGUCAUCUUCAUCGAGCUGAUUGGAACACUGGUCCUUCCUGCGGCUAUUGCAUUUACCUUCUACGUGGUCAUCUCGUCUAUUGUCAGGAAGCCGGUGCAGGUCAUUCCGCUGGUCCUGCUGGCCCUCAUUCUGGGACUUCCCGGUGUGCUCAUCAUCGUCACCGCCCACCGAUUGGUCUACGUCUUGUGGAUGUUGAUCUAUCUCAUCUCCCUGCCUAUCUGGAACUUUGUUCUUCCGACUUACUCGUACUGGAAGUUUGACGACUUCAGCUGGGGUGACACACGGAAGACGGCCGGGGAGAAGGACAAGGGCCACGAGGCUGGGGAAGGCGAAUUCGAUAGUAGUAAGAUCACGAUGAAGCGCUGGCGAGAUUUCGAGAAAGAUCGCCGGCUUCGCAUGCAGGCCGCCUGGGGACAGCCUCCGAUGGGAGGAUACCCUGCGCGUUACGAGGAAUACUCCGACUACUAGUAUAUAGGGGACAUGUGCUAUUUGUUUUUCAAUGUUGGUCAUGAACGAGUCGAUUGACUUUUGUAUUACAUUUUUUUUA